AUGGCCAGUGAAACCAGUAGUACCACCACCAUGACCACCUUUUCCGCCCCGGUCCCUGCUACCAAAUCGCUGCCCACCAAUCAGUCAGCGCUAGCGGCGUCUUUUACCAGCUUCCUUACGGUGUCAGUCCACCAAAUACUUUUCCUGCGCUCCGUCUACCCACGUGCCACAUUCCUUCCGGUACGGGCAUACAACUAUCCUGUCCGACAAUCGCGUCACCCCAAAGUGUGUGACUAUAUCAAUGAUGCAUCAAUCGCAGUCGGGACAGAGAUUUUGAAAGGCACAAUCACCGCAGUCAGUAUUAUCAUUUCAUCUCUGCGCACAAACCAGCCCCUCGAACGGUAUGCCUUUGAUCUAUCGGGCUUCCCUCGCGCUCCAGCUGGAGAGGUGAACACUACAUUUGAAGGCAGAAAUGAAGAUUCAUCCAAUGCAGGUGCCCCUGAGGGCCCCGCGCCAACUUCGGUCGACCUCGAGGCCCAGUUCCGUGCAUGUCUGGCCCGACUCGCGUCUGCCUGUGCUCGAUUGACUCCUCUGCCACGAGACGACGAAUUCAGCUUCACCGUGUGCAUCGAAGUACGGGAGGAUGCUCUUCCUCCGGCAGGGACCACCAACGAAGAACAAACGUGGAUUGUGGCCGAACCUGGCAAGGUGCAUUUACGAUCUUGCACCGCCCCAUACUCCGUGUCCAAAGUGCGAAAUGGCGAGCCUCAGCAGCAGCAACCAUCUCCCCCAGUCUCGAACGGACGCGCCAAAACAGUACCGGUACGACGGGUAGAGGCCGGAGAACUGCGCUUGGAGUUAUGGGUAGAGGAGGCACGUCAGAAAUUUAAUGAACCGGUGGAAUCAGAACAGCCACCUUGA